CUUCAUUCACGCUCCUCCGACCUUCUCUAUUAAUUAAUCUAAUUCCAGCUCCACCAUGCCUCACGCAGACUCCUCCUACUUCGCCUGCAAUGCCUCCAAAGCAGACAUCUACAAGCAAGUGCUCGAACAAACCAGGGGUCUCGUAACAGGACAACGCAACUGGGUAAGUAACUUUUCCAAUGUCGCCUCCCUCCUCUGGCACGCCUACGCCGCCCUCCCACCCCCCUCCUCCGCCGUAAACUGGACCGGCUUCUAUAUCCGCCAGGACAAAUUUCCUUCUCUGGGUGGGGGUGCUCCAGCAUCGACAAAUGAAAACGAACAGAACGACCCUCGUCGUCGUCGUCGUCUUCUUCUUCUUCUAGGACCCUUCCAGGGCCGUCCUGCAUGCCAGGAAAUCCGAUUCGGGCGCGGCGUGUGCGGCGCUGCGGCUGAGACCCGCGAGACCCUGGUGGUGCCUGAUGUGUUGAAGUUCCCGGGGCAUAUUGCUUGUGAUGCGAGGAGUCGGAGUGAGAUUGUGGUGCCGAUUUUGGUGGAUGGGGAAACGGUUGCGAUUAUUGAUGUAGAUUGUACGGAGCCCGAGGGGUUUGAUCAAGUCGAUCAAAAGUAUUUGGAGGAAUUGGCGGCGCUUCUUGCGGAGAGUUGUGAUUGGUAAUAUUACUAUAAUAUAACUAACUAACUAAAUAUAUUGAUUGCAAG